ACAUAUAUACACAUAGUUGAUAGUUGAUACUACUACUAACCCUUUUGCAUAUGUAUUCAACAGAAGCCAACAAAACACACAUAGAAGAUGAUGAUGAUGAAUUGAUGAUGAUGAUGAUGAUGAUGAUGAUGAGGGACAGAGAGACACCCCUUUAAGCCUUUGCUUUUACUACUGAGCCUACACAAACAAGAGCCCUUUGUAGAAUUCAUGUCUGGCUUGUAUAAUCAGAUUUCCUCACCUGCAUCUCAAAGGGCUAAUUCACCAAACAUAAACAUGAGAAGCAAUUUUGAUGUUGAUAGUCACUACUUAACUGAGCUGCUACAAGAACACCAGAAGCUUGGUCCUUUCAUGCAAGUUCUACCCUUGUGUAGCAGACUCCUCAAUCAAGAGAUUUUAAGGGUUUCUGGGAAGAAUGGAAUGUUGCAGAACCAAGUAGGAUUUAGUGACUUUGACAGAAUGCAAUAUGUAAGCCCGAGUCAUAUGGUUUCCUCUGAGAUAACACCGAACUUCACUGGCUGGAACAGCUUGUCACACGAUAGGCUAAGUGGAGUACAAGGCCUAAAUGUGGAUUGGCAAACAUCACCCCAAGCAGUUCCGAAUUCUCACAUUGUGAAGAAGAUUUUGCGCUUGGAUAUUCCGAAGGAAGGCUAUCCAAAUGUAAGAUAUUUUAAUUUCGUCGGCCGGCUUCUUGGCCCAAGGGGUAAUUCGCUCAAGCGAGUCGAGGCAACAACUGGUUGCCGUGUGUUUAUCAGAGGGAAAGGUUCAAUUAAGGACCUAGACAAGGAAGAGUUGUUAAGAGGAAGGCCAGGGUAUGAACACCUGAAUGAUCCACUACACAUUUUGAUUGAAGCUGAACUACCAGCAAGUGUGGUUGAUGUAAGGUUGAGGCAAGCACAGGAAAUCAUUCAAGAGCUACUUAAACCAGUGGAUGAGUCACAAGACUUCUACAAGAGACAACAGCUAAGGGAGCUUGCAAUGCUGAAUUCCAAUUUCAGAGAAGAGAGCCCUCAAUUGAGUGGUAGUGCCUCUCCAUUCACUUCUAAUGAAAUUAAAAGGGCCAAAACUGAUCAGUAGGGGGAAAAAGUUGCUUUCUAUGUAACUAAAAAUCAUGUAUAGCUUCAAAUGACAAGGUGGUUUAUUGCAGAAUAUGUAAUGCUGAUUUUGCAGAACAAAAAUAACAGGGGGGAAAGGGACAUAUAUAUUAUAUUCAUUGUGACAAUAUCUAUUGCAUUAUUAGUAUAGCAAAAACUGUUUAUUAUUGAUAAUGUUUAGAGAAGACAUGUCUCAUAACAUAAGUGUACUUUUUGAACAAUUUUAUAACUUAUAACACUUGGAUCUCAAUAUCAAAGCUA